AUGCCGAAAAAUAUCGUCGUUCUGGGAGCUGGUGUGUCGGGCCUAACCACGGCCUACCUGCUAUCCAAAGAUCCGGUCAACCAGGUCACCGUGCUGGCGAAGCAUAUGCCCGGAGACUACGAUAUUGAAUAUGCUUCACCAUGGGCCGGCGCCAACUACAUGCCCGUUGGCAAGGAAGGUAGCAAGCAUCAGGAAUGGGAGCGGAACACCUGGGCCCCGUUGAAAGAGAUCACAGAAAAGCACCCUGAAGCUGGCAUCCACUUUCUGAAUACACUCAUUUAUAACCGCAAAAAGGACCAGGGGUCGGCUACCGGAGACUGGUUCUCAGAAUUGGUGAAGCCUAACCCGUGGUACAAGGAUGUUGUACCGGACUUUAAAUCUAUUCCGAAAGAGAAACUGAGUGGUGACAUGGAUAACGCCCAACAAUUCACCUCCGUCUGCAUCAACACAGCCAUUUAUCUCCCGUGGCUCGUGGGUCAGUGUGUGAAAAAUGGCGCAGUCUUCAAGCGAGCAGUUCUUAAGCAUAUAACUGAAGCUGCCUCAGCUCACCACACAGGUCAACCCGCCGACGUGGUAGUGAACUGCACAGGCCUAGCAUCCAAGAUACUCGGUGGAGUCGCCGACGGUAAGAUGUACCCUGCCCGCGGCCAGAUCGUGGUAGUCCGAAACGACGCCGGUUCAAUGUACUCUACUUCCGGAACCGACGACGGCCCAGAUGAAGCGUUGUACACGAUGACUCGUGCUAUCGGUGGUGGCACUAUUUUAGGCGGCACUUACCAAAAGCACAACUGGGACGCAUUGCCGGAUCCGAACAUUGCCAACCGUAUCAUGAAACGUGCAAUUGCAGUUGCUCCACAGCUUGUGAAGCCGGGGCAGGGAAUUGAGGGUCUUGAUAUUAUUCGCCACGGUGUUGGUCUGAGGCCACUGCGUGAGGGUGGUCCUCGUCUUGAGAAGGAUGAGGUGAAGGGUGUCAAGAUCGUGCAUAACUAUGGCCAUGGUGGCUUCGGAUACCAGGCAUCGUUUGGCUGUGCCAAUGAGGUGGUGUCCUUGGUUAAGGAAGUACUGCAAAGCAAGAUUCGGGCUAAGCUUUAA